AACUUUGUUAACCUGUGUUUCAUUAGUCAUGGCUAGGUUAAAACCUAGGCUAUCAACAUCAGACGGUUGUCACACCCCUGGACUGUCUUGUGUGUGUUUUGCUCCCCAUGUGCUCUGUGUGACCUAGUUUCUGCCAUUGUCUAUUAUUAGUUAAUCACCUUCAUUGUGUUCACCUGUCUGCCCCUCGUUAUCUGCCCUAUAUUAGUUGCUGUCCAUUUAGUUCUAGUUUGUUGGUUAUUGUUGAUGUUACCCUGUGUGUGUACCUCCUCAUCUCAAGUUAUAUUAAAUCUCUUAUUCCCUUUGAACCUUCAUCUUCGCGUGUAUUGUGUGUGCACUACCCAGAACUGUGACAGAAUAACCGACCCAAACAAAAGUAAAGUUUAGCAGCGUGUUUCCCCUCAUUUUGUUUUUUCGUUUUUGUCAGUUUUUAUUUUUGUUUUGUCAUGGAUGACCCCGCCUGCCUCCUCCUCAUGCUGGAGCAGAGGAGCUUUUCCCUCGAGGACCAUACGAGACUGUUCGUGGAAAUCUCCAACUAUACCCACUACCCGGACUACUGCCUCUGCACGUUCUACCAAGCGAGCCUGAACGACGAGUGCAGAGCGUGGUUGUCCGGAGAUGGUCCUCGGGGAGAUUUUGCCACCUUUGUGGAGUGGGUGCUGGUGUCCUGUGGAUCCCCACUGACCGUGGACUUCGAGAACGAUGACACCAGUCCCACUCCUGACCCAGAGCCCAGCCCACCAUCACCCCGAGCCGCAGAGCGUCAGCCCGAGCCCACCGCGGAUGGAGAGCCAGCGCCCAUAGCAACCCACGAGCCAUCGCAAGAAGGAGCGACUGAGCUGGAGAUUGCCCUGGAGCCAGAGCCUCAUGGACCAUCCGAUCAGGUGCGAGAGCCGGCUACAUCGCACGCGACAGUGGAAGUUACAGUGGAGCGUGAGGGUGCUGAAGAGAGCCCCGCCCACUGCACUGCCGCUGAGGUAGCCGUCUUUAAUGCAGAGUCCCUGUUCUUCAUCAGCUUCCAUAAGUUAUCGUUGAACCAAGUCUGUUUCUCAGUCCGUAUCCGAUCAUAUGGUGGAUCAGCACCAAGAGAUGAUGUCUACAGCCCUGAUCGUCAGCGGAGACCAGGACACCCAGAUGACCCCCAGAGAUAUAUCCCCAGUGAAAACCUCGAUUGAAUACAAUAAAACUAAAAAAAAAAAUAAAAAAAAUAACUAAAAUAUAAAAAAAUACCUAACUACAUAAUACUACUAUUGUUAGAAAUUGUAACAAAAUUAAAAUAGAAAUAUAAACUAUUGAACUGCGGGUUUCGUCUGGUCAGAGGAGAACUGGCCCCUGACUGAGCCUGGUUUCUCCCAAGGUUUUUUUCUCCAUUCUGUCUCAGAGGGAGUUUUGGUUCCUUGCCACUGUCGCCUCUGGCUUGCUCAGUUGGGGACACUUAAUUUCUAGCGAUUAUCGCUGAUUUGAUUGCACAGAUACUAUUUAAACUAAACUGAGCUAGACAAUGACAUCUCUGAAUUCAAUAAUGAAAUGCCUUUAACUGAAAAUUGAGUGUUUCAUCUUAUUAUACAUUACUGACACUCUAUCCUCCAAUUUGAUACUGUUAAGUGCUUUGACACAAUCUGUAUUGUAAAAGCGCUAUAUAAAUAAAGGUGACUUGACUUGGAAAACUGUCAUGGGACAGAGGUGAGUUUGGCCGUAUAUAAAUAUUUAUCAUGCUAAUUAAGUUGAUUAUCUAAACAAGUUCCACCUUUGCUGAAUUGGUCGAUUAUCUGAACGUGCUCCUCUCGAACUUUGUUAAUAAAUGAAUUAUGAAUUAACAAAUAAUUUUAUGAAUUGUAAAUAAAUAAAUAAAUACUUUGAUUGUGCUAACCCUUAAAUUACAUGUAACAAUGAUCUUGUGUUUUCAAACAAUUAUUAUGUGGAAAGAAAUAACGUACAAAUGGAAUGAAAGCAUGAGAUCUGGGCCCAUAUUCACAAAACAUGUUAUCUUACCACUAAGAGUUCUCCUAAACAGCAGUAAAAGUUUUUAGCUAAUACUUUUCUCUUAAAACGUAUUCACAAAGUUGCUGAGACAAACUUUUACUAAGGAAUAGAGAGAAGUCUUAAGCUAAGAGUAAGGGCGGGGUUGACCUUGUCGCUAUGGAUGAUGUCAGCAUGCUUACUAACUAUGCACACAGUGAUUGGCUCUGUCAGAGAUUCAUUUAUAGAAGUAUUGUAGAGCGCGAUAUUAUGUUUCCACAUUCAAAUAAAGACUUUAAAAUGCAGGAUAAGUGUCACUAAUUAAACAAUAUAAUAUAUAUGUAUAUUAUAGCUAAUUGUCAGCCUGUAUGCUUCUUGUAAACAAUUAGAGAAUAUGCAUAUAAACAGCCUUUUAAUUAACAGAGUAGAAUAAUCAUGGAUGAUAGUAAGACAUGCAAACAAAAAAGAAAACCAAACUGGACGCAAGAACAGCUGUUACUUUUUGCCCAAUUGGUUAAUGAAAACAAGCAUAUAAUCAAAGGAAAAUUUGAAGUUGGGAUAACCUCCAAAACCAAAGGCGAUACCUUUUUAAAAGCACAUUAUCGUCAAAUGUUUCUAAAAUGUUUAUGUUCCGAGGCAGAUUGCCGGCAACAGCCACUUUAGGAUAGUUUGUGGUUUGGUCUUAGUGACUUAGGAAUCCUCUUUACUACUUCACAGAUUUAGGAGCUUCUUUUAGCCUUAAGAUGUUUUGUGAAUAGGGGCCCAGAUUUUUAAAGAAUGACUAGCUGUGUUAAAUGUGAUUCGUUCGGAAAAUGUACUGCUUACUUGUUUAAAUAGUUAACCCUUUCUUUCACACGUGAGUUUAAAAUAUUCUAUCUGAGCCCCCGGCGUGAGUUUUUUUAGGCGACCGUUAUUUUAGAACUUAUAGCCUUAUUGUUUCCAUGGCGACGCGUCAUGCUUGUCACGUGACACACCGCAGCCGUAAUAGCGCUGGAUGACACAUGGAUUGCUUUCAUUUCGUUUUCCCUUUUUUUACUAUUAAUAUUCACAAACAUACUCGCUAUAUUAUUAAAUAUCUGAUAUUCCGAUUCUGAAAUAUAUGCAAGUAAAUGUGUUUGGUUGUUUAAACACGUUUAUAAUGAUCGUGCUAGUUGAUCUAAACCGGGUGAUGGGCGCCGCCAUGUUUGCUCGCGCUGAAUCCAGCUGUGGGAUUUACAACACGUAAACUCAUCCUCUCCUCCCGAAACACGUUAAAGUAAGUCUCCAGUAAACUGUGAGAAGAGCAGAGUAAACUUUAAAGUAUCUACACAAUCUGUAUAUGAUAUCAAUAAAAACAUGUCGUCAGAUUAUAUUUGUAAGGAUCAUUAUUGCUGCUUCCAUAGACAUCAGCGCAUAUCUUACAAACUAUAAAUGUAUGGCUUUGCUAGUACUUAUGUGUAUUUAAAUGUCUGAAAUCUAAAAUAAGCAUUAUAUGGUUGAAAACACUGAAUAAGUGAUAAUAUUACAAGCGCUCGCGCGUCUGAUCUGGCUCCGCGCCAGAAAGCAGAUUUGAAUUUCAGCAGUUGAUGACGUGACUCGCUGAAGGACCAGCCAAGACUGAUCACACCGGUGUUAUCGUAGGCGUUAAAGGGAAUUAAAAUAAACUGCAAUAAAGUAUUUCUGCUGAAACCUCAUUGUUCUAUGAGGUUCUGUUAUAGUUUUCUCCCAUAGCAAACUAUAGUAGCA